CCUUGGACAAUUGGUCCCAUCGGUACACCUUCCUACGUGACUGACUAUUGAUGCAUCGGACUGUGGUAAUGAGGAUGUGCCUGAUGACUGCUCCUGCUGCGGCUGACGCGGAAUGUGUAACAGGGAAGAGUACGCUUAUAAAUGCUUUGCUGAACGACACCAUUGUCCCAACGAGUGGCAUGAAGGCAUGCACAGCUACUGUCAUCAAGCUGAGCUACAAUCAUGGGAGCACUGGAUAUGAGGGGAUCGUCACCUUUAUCUCUCGUGCCACGUCAGCAGUGCAGAUCAGCUGUGCCACGUCAGCAGUGCCACGUCAGCAGUGCCACGUCACAGUACCACGUCAGCAGUGCCACGUCACAGUGCCAGAUCAGCAGUGCCACAUCCGCAGUGCCAGAUCAGCAGUGCCACGUCCGCAGUGCCAGAUCAGCAGUGCCACGUCCGCAGUGCCAGGUCACAUUGCCACGUCAGACAUAGUGCCACUACCAGCUCCGUUGAUGGACACCGGAGCAGAGGUUGUCGACCUUCACGCUUUCAUCGCGAAGAUCGACCGCGAGUUCAAGACGCAACGGUACGACGACAUCGACGCACCAUUGCUAUACAUACGCAUUCAGAUCGGAGAGGCGACCUGCAGUGCCUUGAUCGAUUGCGGAGCAUCUCGCAACUACAUCAGCCAGGACUUCAUGGGAUGCGCCGGCCUUGGCACACGUGUCCGGAGGAAGUCCCAGCCUACGCAAGUCACCCUGGCAGACGGUCAUACGCACAAGUCCAUCGACCGGUGCAUUGACGCCGUCCCAGUGUACUUUGCCCCUCACGCAAGUGAGGCGGUGUCCUUUGACAUUCUGGACACCAAAUUCGACAUGAUCUUGGGCAUGUCAUGGCUGCGAAGCAAGGAUCACCCGGUGAACUUCUUCAACCGCACCAUUCACAUUCGUGACCGGAACGGAGUAUUAGUUCCAUGCACGUGAGUAGGGCACCACUGGAGUCUACAAGACCAUGAGACUCCCAGCCAACGAGCAAGCAGCAGGGCAUUUUCUCUGUCGUUAGCAUCCCCAAGUUCAUCAUCGUGCUGUGCAUAAAGGAUCCAAGAAUAGCCCUGGUUUUUGGACAGGACAUUUGAGUUUACAGUCCAGGAAGGCAAGCUGUUCACGUUGCAGUGCAGAACUGGCAAGAGGACACAAACUGGUGCCAUCAGAAUCGGUACGGACCUUGUCUAAGAAGGACUGGUCAAUCCCGAGGAGGCAGUUCUCUAAGUCGAACCACGCCACUUGGACCAGCUGCUGCAUCCCUAUGUGAGAGAUCCCCAACCGUCUAUUGUCAUUACAUAUCAAAAGGAAACAAGGUCUGGAAAAAAGCUGACAGGGAGGGUGAAAGAAGGAAGCUUAGUAAAGCAGGAGAUCG